AUGAAAAUGUCUAAAAAUGUGAAUGAGGAAGGCAGGGAAAGUCAGAGUGAUGCAAUUUCCGCAAGGGUAACCAAGCCUUCCGGUACUCUUUUGGCAAAGGAAAUUUUUAUUUCUACGCCGGAAGCUGAAGUGAGAGCUGGUGAAGAAGUGUGGAGAGUGGAUCUGGAGGGCCAGACGGAAAACAUCCAGGACAGACUCCUGCAGGGACUCGGCGUGCAGCUGUUACUGUUUAUGGAGGGGUCUGCAGACUCUGAUAACACCAAAACACCAUCUCGAAUGGACCAUGCCAUGGAAACCAUAAUGUUUCCAUUUCACGUAUUUGCUGGCAACAAAGGCUACUUGACAAUAAAGGACCCAAGAGUACUCAUGGAAAAGAAGUUCUGGGAUUUUUUCAGAAAAUCAAAAAGACCCUUGGCUGUGGACAAAAUAAUGAAGGACCUGGACAACUGCCGAGAUAGCAAAGUGGGCUUCCAGAGCUUCGUUUCACUAACGGUGAGCCUCACCAUUGUGCACAAUGCCUAUUUUGUAGCACACAUGAAGCAGAAGGGAAAGAAGUAG